AUGUUCGCUCGAUCCACGGCGUCGUCGUCCCUCGCGACGCCGCGCUUCAGCGCUCAACGCGCUCGAGCGCGCGCGCGUUCGAGCAAACCUCGAACGAACACGCAUCGCGUCGUGCGCGUCACGGCGUCGAGUGAUCGCGCUCGAGACCUCGCUCGACGGGACGCGAUCGCGUUCGGACUGGCGUCGAUCACGCUCGCGGCGCGAUCGGCGCGCGCGGGUGACGAUGACUCGUACGCGAGCAAGCUGAGCGCCAAGGAGCGACGCAAGGCGGAAAUCUUGGCGCAGGCGAAGGAAAAGGCGCGCGCGCAGGCGGCGACGCCGGCGGCGCCGAGCGCAGAGUUGCAGAGCGCGGAGACGUUUCGAACGGAAAAUCCCGGACGUGGCGGUGGGAGUGAUGCGCCGUGGACGGGGGAGCAGUAG